AUGGGGCUGGAGAUGCUGCCGGCGGAGGCUGGGCCUGCGGCGGCGGGGGAGAGAUCACGGGAGCAGCAGGCGGUGGAGAUAUACCCGCUGAGCCGCUACUACUUCGGAGCCAAGGACGCCCGGUCACUGUCAGACGGCGCCGAGACCGCCGUCGACCGCGCCCUCCGCCUCAAGUCCAACUUCGAGGCCAACGGGCUCCGGACCUGCGUCCAUGGCGUCUUGCUGGUAGAGCUAUCCGGUCACCCGCACCUUCUGCUCCUGCAGGUCAGGAACUCCUCCUUCCUGCUCCCCGGAGGCCGCCUCAGGCCUGCCGAGCAAGAUGUCCAAGGGCUCAGACGCAAGCUUGCGGGCAAGCUAUCGGGCGCCGAUCCAAACGAGGACCGCGACUGGCAGAUCGGGGAGUGCAUCGGAAUGUGGUGGAAAUCCGACUUCGAGGCCGGGCCGUUACCAUAUCUGCCUCCAAACGCCCGCGCACCAAAGGAAUGCAUAAAGCUGUUCUUGGUUAGGCUGCCGAGGUCUCGCCAGUUCAUCGUGCCAAGGAACCUCAAGCUCCUAGCCGUGCCUCUGUCCCAGGUUCAUGCCAAUGUUCAGGUGUAUGGCCCGAUCAUAUCUGGGGUUCCGAAUCUGCUGUCCAAGUUCUCCGUCAACGUUGUACGGGGCUGAGGAGCGAGGAGGUGCUUUGUCUGACUGUGCUAAAAAGGG